GCGCUGCAAAUGUGCGACCUGUCACAUAUGGGUAACGUCCCCUCCUCACCACACGAUGGCAGUCAUGUGCACCACAGUUUCUCUCACGCCUGACCGGACUAAGGGGGUUGUUUCAGACCACAACGUUGUCUAUGGGUGCAACGCAAACGCAAAGUAUGGGGAUGUGCUUGCCGUGCCUUGGUGGAGCUGGAGACGACGUGGUACCGACACCAGACCCAGAGACGAGGAGACGUCAGCUAGCAGAGGCAGCUGAGAAGAGACAGAAAGAGACAACCUACAGGGGUGUCAAAAACCCAGAAGCAGUUGAGAGAAAGAAAAAGAAACAGGAGGAGAUGAACAAACAAGAGAUGAUCACGUCUCCGUCUGGAGGGGGAGGAGGAGGGCUGAAGUGGCAGGUGGGCUAAAGAUCGACAGACAUGGAGAGAUUUAUGAAAGUCUCAAUCUACACUGAGGUUCAGUCAACAACAUGAAGAGUAUUGGUACCAGUUGACUCAAAAAUGCCUUUUUGGCUGUCUGUCCUUCUAAAAAUGUUUUAUUUUAAAUACAAGCUUUUUCAGAGGCAGUAUGAUAGUUUGCCAUGCUUCGCCUUGGUAUAAAGAAAGGUUCUGCUGCUCGAUGUUGGCCGUGUGCACCGCAGUACAUGCCUCCCCUAAUGCCAAGAUGUACAAGAGAUAUGGAUCUUUGGAACGGACAGGGUGACUAUGACACAGCUAUGAGUAGCAUACAGUAUACACUCUCACAGUACAUCUAUAAACUGUACAAGGCGUCUUGCCACUCUCUUUCUCUGCUCUUUCCCCCCUUUCACUCUCUCUCUCCAUAUUCUUUUCAUCUGCCCUCGCUCUCACCCCUUCUCUCUCUCUCUCACCCCUUCUCUCUCUCUCACCCCUUCUCUUGCCCUCUCUCCCAACCCUUCUCUCGCCCUCUCUCUCACCCCCUCUUACCCUCUCUCACCCCCUCUUACCCUCUCUCUCACCCCUUCUCUUGCUCUCUCUCACCCCUUCUCUUGCUCUCUCUCACCCCUUCUCUUGCUCUCUCACCCCUUCUCUUGCUCUCUCACCCCUUCUCUUGCUCUCUCACCCCUUCUCUUGCUCUCUCUCCCCUUCUCUUGCUCUCUCUCUCCCCUUCUCUUGCUCUCUCUCUCCCCUUCUCUUGCUCUCUCUCUCCCCUUCUCUUGCUCUCUCUCUCCCCUUCUCUUGCUCUCUCUCUCCCCUUCUCUUGCUCUCUCUCUCCCCUUCUCUUGCUCUCUCUCCCCUUCUCUUGCUCUCUCUCACCCCUUCUCUUACGCUCUCUCUCACCCCUUCUCUUACGCUCUCUCUCACCCCUUCUCUUACCCUCUCUCUCACCCCUUCUCUUACCCUCUCACCCCUUCUCUUACCCUCUCUCUCACCCCUUCUCUUGCUCUCUCUACAUUUCUCUUUCUCUGCCAUUUCAACUUUGCAGAUUUUAUACCAUUUUGCUUACUGCUUUUGUAAUUUUUUUCUGACAUUUAAAACAUUUUAAAGAAUGUUCUCAUUCUUGUGACAGUUUAUAUGAUAUAAUCAUUUUUGAGGAGAAAUCUAUAUGCUACCAAGUCCUUAAUGUUCAACAUAGGCCUAGAUGAUUCAUAAAACAUUUUCUAUUGUAUAUCAGUGUGGAAAAUUAGCUACAUUUUAUAUAACUACUUAUGAACCACAUUUGAAUGCUGUUUUAGAGUUCAUGCACCAACACUAUUCAAUUGACAUUUCACUUUAAGGUUUGGUUUUCCUAUUGUCUGUGCAAUAGAAGUUAUUUGCUCCACUUUAGUAUUGGUUUGUAAUGUACGAAGGAUAUUUAUCUUGAUCUCUGCUUUAUUUAAGUAUAAUGAAAUUGUUGACAGAUUGACGUGUUGUAUGAGGUAGUUGGCUGUAUCUCGUAGAUUUAGAGUUUUUCCCAUUUCAACCUGUGCAUGAACAGUAAUAUUGUUUAUGCGUUCUGUCGGUACGAUGAUAACAUAUAGGACUGGAGUCGAUUUUUUUUUUUGCCUACUGGCCUUACCUGUCGACCACAAUGAGAACCACAAUGAAAUGGAAGGAAAGAAGCAUGCCUGAACUAGCAGGUCGCUAGUGUGUACUUGAUGAAGUAUUGACUUUUUUACCUGCCUUGCUUUGUACUCGAGUGCUUUUCCUCCCUAUUCCCUUACUGCUUCAAGUGCUCUUGCCAUUUUGAGGGGCAUGAAGUCACGCCAAUGUAAUUUUGUAGAAAUAAAAGACUUGUUGACACUUUCUCUCUGUGGGGUUUUUGGUUAAAAAAAAAUGGACCAGUUACAUUGCAUCCAUCUUGGAACAUAAUGUACUUCCAGUGAUGAUCAAUUAUCAGGUUACAGUGCCUUGUAACCUGAUCACCACAUUCUUAUUGGCAACAGCCUUGGUUUCUCAAAUGACUGCCUCGCCUGGUUCACCAACUACUUCUCAGAUAGAGUUCAGUGUGUCAAAUCGGAGGGCCUGUUGUCCGGACCUCUGGCAGUAGUCUCUAUAGGGGUGCCACAGGGUUCAAUUCUCGGGCUGACUCUCUUCUCUGUAUACAUAAAUGAUGUCGCUACGGGUGAUUCUCUAAUCCACCUCUACGCAGACGACACCAUUCUCUAUACCUUUGGCACUUUUUUGGACACUGUGUUAACUAACCUCCAAAUGAGCUUCAAUGCCAUACAACACUCCUUCCGUGGCCUCCAACUGCUCUUCAAUGCAAGUAAAACUAAAUGCAUGCUCUUCAACCGAUCGCUGCCCGCACCUGCCUGUCCAACAUCACUACUCUGGACGGUCUGACUUAGAAUAUGUGGACAACUACAAAUACCUAGUUGUCUGGUUAGACUGUAAACUCUCCUUCCAGACCCACAUCAAACAUCUCCAAUCCAAAAUUAAAUCCAGAAUCGGCUUCCUGUUUCGCAACAAAGCAUCCUUCACUCAUGCUGCCAAACAUACCCUCGUAAAACUGACUGUCCUGUCGAUCCUUGACUUCAGCGAUGUCAUUUACAAAAUAGCCUCCAACACUAUACUCAACGAAUUGGCUGCAGUCUAUCACAGUGCCAUCUGUUUUGUCACCAAAACCCCAUAUACUGCCCACCACUGCGACCUGUACGCUUUCGUUGGCUGGCCCUCGCUUCAUGCUCGUCGCCAAACCCACUGGCUCCAGGUCAUCUACAAGUCUUUGCUAGGUAAUGCCCCGCCUUAUCUCAGCUCACUGGUCACCAUAACAACGCCCACCCGUAGCAUGCGCUCCAGCAGGUAUAUGUCACUGGUCACCCCCAAAGCCAAUUCCUACUUUGGUCGCCUUUCCUUCCAGUUCUCUGCUGCCAAUUACUGCAACGAACUGCAAAAAUCACUGAAGCUGGAGACUCAUAUCUCCCUCACUAACUUUAAGCACCAGCUGUCAGAGCAGCUCACAGAUCACUGCACCUGUACAUACCCCAUCUGUCAAUAGCCCAUCCAACUACCUCAUCCCCAUACUGUUAUUUAUUUUGCUCCUUUGCACCCCAGUAUCUCUACUUGCACACUCAUCUUCUGCACAUUUAUCACUCCAGUGUUUAAUUUCUAUAUUGUAAUUACUUUGCCACUAUGGCCUAUUUUUUUUGCCUUAACUCCCUUAUCUUACCUCAUAUACACACACUGUAUAUAGACUUAUUUUUCUAAUGUAUUAUUGACUAUAUGUUUGUUUAUUCCAUGUCUAACUCUGUGUUGUUUGUGUCGCACUGCUUUACUUUAUCUUGGCCAGGUCGCAGUUGUAAAUGAGAACGUGUUCUCAACUAGCAUACCUGAUUAAAUAAAGGUUAAAUAAAUAAAAUAAUAUUAAUAGUUUUUAGCAGUACUGCUAAUAAGCUCUAUGGGUCAGUACUGGAUCCCAAUGUGUUUAUGAUAGUUAUCGUUAGGUAGGAAUUCAGCAUUAUCAUUAAAAACAUAUUUCAUUGUUGACUUCCAUUCAAAUGGAAGUCAUCUCUUUGGUAAAAAAAAUAAACAAAUAAAUUUAAAAAAAAUCAUAAGAAAUGGUCAGGGACAAACCCUUCACUGUACAUACCGUUUGAGCUAGACAUGAUGAUGACAGUUUUUAAAGUUGCUCGUCAUAAAAUAAAUAUUCGUGGGAUUUGUAGUCCUUGUAGUACAGAUCGUUCUGUCUGACCGACGGGAGCCUCUGUAGCUCAGAACUACAGAUGAAUAAUUGGCUGAUUAUGCGGCGUACACACCAGACAGGAAAGCAGCCCUAUAAAUAGUCUGCUCUUCCCUUGUUCCCUCUUUCACCGAGUUAAGACGUCUGUCGGAAGCAUUAUGGCUAUCAUUAUAAAACUAGGUUAUAUUUGGCAUCCGGACAGAAAAUAUAAUACUUCCGUUAUAAAAUGAUAAGCUACCUUUGGGGAUCUGUAAUGAGGGUGAUUUUCGGUCUACAGAGGCGGCUGUAGGAAGUCCAUGAUGUGAAGCUGCCAUCACGUCGCCUGGAGUUGGGUGCCCAGUGCUGCAGUCUGGUUGGUCAAUCUGAGACCAUGUGACCUGCAGUGAUCCUCGGCCCUCUGGUUCCAUAGAUGGGAAGGGCUUCCCACAUACUCCCAACAUGUCAAGGGGAGAUUGCUGCCCACAGCUGGUGUUAUCCAAUAUAUGCACUAUGUAGCAAACAAAACAUUGUAUGUGGACCAAAUCAUUAACUAAGUCUUGUAGUGAAUGUGGAGAUUAGCCAAGUUCAAGAGACUAGACUGUUUGGGUUAACUGUGGAUUGUAAACUGAAAUGGUACAUUUAAUGAUUUAACAGUAACAUGAGUGGUGAGGUCUGUCUGUAACGCUGCUCUGGUUUCUUGAUAAUCAAUUCGUUUAGGCCCUAGUUUUAGCACACCUGGGCUUGCAGUCCAAACACUGCACCCUACCCCCUUCAGCUCUCAUUAAGUGGACACUUCUGAUAACCUAUAAUGAUAUCAAUGUUGCAAUUUAGCAAGUGACAAUUUCUUGGUGUUCCUAGAUUGUUAAACUGAGAUGGGGAGGGCUGUCUGCGAUUAAAGCGCUGCUUUCCGAUCCACAAAACAAUUACUACGGGCUAGUUUUAUCACACCUGAAUUAUUGCCCAGAUAUAUCUUAAAAGUGCCACAAAGGACAGGCAAAUUAGUUGGCUCAGAAUGGGGAAGUACUGCCGGCCCUUAAAGGAAUACUUCAGUCUUUUUAAUGGGGCCUUUUAUUUACUUCUCCAGUCUGACGUCAUGGUCAUCAGUUUGGUCUGCAUCAAGUUUAAAGGAAGUAGCCAGCUAUUGCUUGUAGCGUUAGCAGAUACCACAGACAUCUUCAUUUCGCUAGUGCUGAUUUACAAUUGUGCCAGUUGGCUACUUCAUUUCAAACUAGAUGCAGAGACAUGCAUGGUAUUGAGGUCAUCUGACUCUGGAAGUAGACAAUAGAGCCCAGUUGUCAAAUGCCUGAAGUUACAAUGUACUCGUCACCCCUCCCACUGCUUGCCCUACCUAUAAACUCCCGAGUGGCGCACCUGUCUUAAGGUGCUGGAGACCUCACUACAGACACCCUGGUUUGAAUCUAGGCUGUAUCACAACCGGCCAUGAUCGGAAUUCCCUUGGGGCGUCGUCCGGGUUUGGCCUGUGUAGGCCGUCAUUGUAAAUAAGAAUUUGUUCUUAGUGGACUUGCCUACUUCAUUAAAAAAAAUACGUAUUUAAGUGUACCCUUCAACUGGUGUCGGCAACAGUAUGGUUGAUCUACAGUGUGAAGACUGGUGUUUAUAUUUUUAUGAUGUCAAUAAAGUUAUAACAUUUGUUCUA